AGAGAGAGAGAGAAACGGAGCAACUGAGAAAGCAAGCAAAAGCUGUAUAAAAGAUUACAGGGGUUUCCUGACGAAGAAGCAAAGCAGCGAAAAAUCGAAACCAAACAGCAAUGGAUGUGAUAAAGACGCAGCAAAUAGCUUCGAGGCCGAUAGAGAAGGUGAUAGUGCACCCUCUGGUCCUGCUCAGCAUCGUCGACAAUUACAACAGGGUCGCCAGGGACACUAACAAACGCGUUGUCGGGGUUCUGCUCGGUUCCACCUUCAAAGGCACCGUCGACAUCACCAACAGCUAUGCAGUUCCCUUUGAAGAAGAUGAAAAGGACCCACGAAUCUGGUUUCUUGACCACAACUACCAUGAAUCAAUGUUCUCCAUGUUCAAGAGAAUAAAUGCCAAGGAGCAUGUUGUGGGGUGGUACAGUACUGGUCCAAAGCUGCGGGAAAAUGACUUGGAUAUUCAUGGAUUUUUUAACGACUAUGUUCCAAAUCCUGUCCUGGUUAUAAUUGAUGUGCAACCUAAGGAACUGGGAAUACCAACAAAAGCUUACUACGCUGUUGAAGAAGUUAAAGAGAAUGCCACACAAAAAAGCCAAAAGGUGUUUGUGCAUGUUCCUUCAGAAAUCGCUGCCCAUGAAGUCGAGGAAAUUGGAGUGGAACACUUGCUUAGGGAUGUCAAAGAUACUACCAUUAGCACCCUGGCAACGGAGGUGACUGGGAAACUGACGGCAUUGAAGGGUUUGGAUGCCCGGCUUAAAGAGAUACAUAGUUAUCUUGACCUUGUUAUUGAUGGAAAGAUCCCAUUAAACCACGAGAUCCUUUACCAUUUACAGGAUGUUUUCAAUCUACUGCCAAAUCUCAAUGUGGCUGAGUUGAUCAAGGCUUUUUCAGUAAAAACAAAUGAUAUGAUGUUGGUUAUUUAUCUUUCUUCCGUGAUCCGGAGUGUAAUUGCUCUCCACAACCUCAUCAACAACAAGAUCCUUAAUAAAGAACAUGAGAAAGCCGAAGACUCAAAGCCAGUUGCUGUACCAGCUACAGCUGGAAGCUAAAUUUGAAGCCCUAAUCGGUUUCAGGUUUUCUGAGGGACUUCAUCCUUUAUUUCUGAGUUUGACCCACUGACAUGGAUCUUAUUUGGUAGCCGCAUAGGAUUUUCCUACGCUCCUGAUGAGCCUCAGUUUCCGUAGUCCUUUAUGUUGUGUCUAAAUUCCCAGGUUGAUAAUACAGAUGUUUAUUGUUUAACAUUUGAGCAUUA